AUGGAUACAGAUAUGCCACCGUUAGCUGAGAACGAUCAUCAUCUGGAAUGGGUUCCACAAAUUUAUUGUGCGUCAAACGAUAAGAUUUUCAUGGAAGAUUUACUUCAAUCUGAUUAUACAUUUGCAAAUGAUUUUGAUUAUAAACAUUGUACUCAAGUUUUGUCAACACUUGCUAAAAUGCAUGCAUAUGGAUUCAAAGCAAAGACUCAUUAUUACCAAGAAUUAUAUAACGAAUUAAAAUUCUAUGGUCUCGAAUUACAAACAAUAUUCGAUAAAUACACCUUUCAUUAUUUAUGUAAGGAAUAUUCGUUAUACAGUAAAAUAAUUGCAUUACCUUUUCAAAUUAUAUCAAACUUUGAACAUUUCUCUGAAGAUUAUUUAUCGGAAUAUAUAAAAUCAAAUUCGAAACAUUUUAAUCAAAUAAUUGAAGAAAUUAAUGAAAAUUUAAAAGAAGAUAAAAUUACAAGGGAAAUUUCCUAUAAAUUAAUUUACGAAACGCUUCAACACAAUGAGUACAAAUUAAUUAAUUUUAAUUUGAAUGAAAUACCAAAUAUUAAAGGAUACUUAGGACAACAAAAACUACUAACUAUAAAAAUCCAACUAGAAAAUCAGUUGAAAACUCUUAGCUAUUUCGUAAAAUUAUUACCCGAAGAAAAAGGACAACAUGAUGUAUUAUUAAAAAUGAAUGGUUUUGAGCGUGAAGUAAUUGUGUUUCUUGAAAUAUUUAAAUUAAUGCAAGAAUCUGGUAUUCAAAUUCAUGAAGUUGUACCAAAAUGUUAUCUUGGGUUAAUAAACGAUUGUUUAAUAUUUGAAUAUCUGGAAAAUUAUAAAUCCUGUAAUAAGUUUCAAAUGUACGAUUUUGAUCAUGUAAAUUUAAUGUUUAAAAGUUUGGCAAAACUCCAUGCUUUCAGUGUUAUAGUUGAAGAAAAAUUGAACAUUUGCUUGGGUGAUAAAUUUAGUACAAUAUUCAAAGAGUUUAUGUAUAAUGAAGAUGGUAUCAAUGCUGGUUUCAAAGGUGUCCAAUUCAUGAAUAAUUGUCUGAAGUAUUUAGAUGUUGAAUUUUUAAUAAAGAAAUUAAAUAUAAUGAAGCAAAAAUUCCCAGAUUAUGUGAAACGUUCCAAAACGUAUCGAAAUGUUUUAAGUCAUGGGGAUUUAUGGUUGAAUAAUGCCAUGUUCUCAUACGAUGUCAAUGGUAAACCAAUACAUUGUUAUAUAAUCGAUUUUCAAUAUUGUCGCUAUUUACCACAAGCACAUGAUGUAAUGUGCUCAUUACAUUUAACAACCUCCAAUGAUCUCCGUAAACAGUAUCAAGAACAAUUAUUAUUAAAUUAUUACAAAUAUUUUAAAGAUGAAUUGCUGAAGUAUGAUAUCGAUUGUGAAAAAAUCAUAUGUGUUAAUGAUUUUCUACAAAGUUGUCAGGAACUUGAACCAUUUGCAAUGUUUCAGAAAACAUUUUAUUUCCAAUUUUCUAUGAUGUGUUCUGAAUAUGAAGAUAAUUAUCGAUCAAACCUUCAAUUACAAGAACAAUUUUUAAAUGGUGAUCGUUAUCAUGUUAUACAUGAAAAUUGGAAAAUGUCUGAAAUGUAUCGAAAAUAUAUGGCUGAGUGUCACGUACCCGUUUUAGAAUAUUGUAAGCAAUUAUGAAAGCAUGAACUUAAUUGAAUAAUUGUUUUUACACUUUACAGACAUUUUUACGUUGACGAUUAAUUGAUUAUAAAUAAAUUAAUGAAAGAUAAAUUUUAAAUCGAAAUU